CACUGAAGCAACAGCAUGAGUUACUAUUCUUUGUAAGUAGUAUGUGUGGUCUCACUUUGCCCAUUCAGGUAACAACGAAGAGCCCAGACGCCGAGCAAGCAGCUGACCACGACUACUGCACGAAGGAGCCAUCUAAAGCUGCAGUUUCGCUAACGAUGUCAGACGCUGACAUUCAGUUUUACACUGGCAUUUCAAGGGAUGCAUUUUUGUCUCUAGUCGAAAUGGUAUCCUUAAUGACAACAGCCAACUCACGAAUCCCUCUUGAGGAUCAACUACUCCUCUCUCUAAUGCGGCUACGUCUGGGCCUCCUUUAUGGUGAUCUCGCCAGGCGAUUUUCCAUAUCUGUUACUCGCAUUUGUGCUAUCUUCGAUAAGAUACUUGGAAUCUUAAAGAAGAUUAUGACGUAUAUCGUGGUCUGGCUGCCACGUGUACGCAUUCAGAGCACCAUGCCAGCAUCUUUUGUAGAGAAUGGCUAUGGCAGGACAACGUGUAUCUUCGAUUGCGCAGAGCUCACCUUGCAGAGGCCACGGAAGUUAAUGGCCCGUGCGCAAACGUACAGUGCAUAUAAGGCUGCAAACACUUUAAAGUUUCUUACUGUGAUUGCACCUAAUGGGCAUCUCAUGUAUGUUUCUGAUGUUUACGGAGGGAGAGCCUCUGAUAAGCACAUCGUUCGGACCUGCGGUGUUGAGGACUUCCUACAGAGAGGAGACGAAAUCAUGGCUGAUCGAGGCUUUGCACUCGAAGCUCACUUGGAGGCCAGGGGGAUCAAGUUGAAUGUGCCUGCAUUCACGAGGGGAAAGCCCCAACUGUCGGAGACUGAGGUGACUAAGACUCGACGUAUUGCGUCUGUGCGGAUCCACGUGGAAAGGGCCAUUAACCGCAUCAAAACGUAUCGUAUUUUUAAGUCUGCUUUGCCCAUAGCAUCUCGCAAAACUAUUAACGACAUGGUUUUUGUGUGUGCUGGUCUGUGUAACUUGAAAGCACCACUUAUCGCACACCAAAAUGAUGCGGUCUAACACAGUGCCAGCUAACAUGAGAAGCUGAUUCAAUAAGUUCAAAGUCAAAUGCAGAACUUCCUGAGCACCACCUCAUGUAGCAUGGAGUAGGACGGCUUCUUGUCGACUAUCAUCGUUACCGCUUCUGCCAAGCAGCAUUACUGUCUCAUUGCAGUGCCAUACUAAAGAAGCAGGUGUGGUGUUUCCUUGAAGACAAUUUGUGAGAUGGGUCUGACAUUUUCCACUGGUUCCCUUUUAUCAUCAAGACUGACGUUUGGUUUUCGGGGAACAUCAACUUUGUUUCUGAAACCAACUUGUUUGCUGCUUUCUUUGAAUGACCCAAGCGUCCAUUGUUUUUGCAGAGUUGCCUCCUCCUUGUCUGUCACUCCGAUUGACUCCAGUCUCCAGAUUCGUUCCAAGCAGUUCAUAGUUUCAGAUUCCACCACCAAUGUUCUCAGGGCUGUCGUCUGCAUGCAAUGUGCGUCAUGAAGCAUUGCCCCUCCCAAGGUCUGGGAUA